AUGCUUGGGGCUCUUGGGUUUGCUCCCUCCACUGCUGACCCGUCGCUGUUUCUGCGCACCGACACUUCUUUGCCGCCGUUCUACAUCCUCGUGUACGUCGACGACUUGGUCUUUGCCACAGCUGACACUGCUGGACUCGCCCACGUGAAGUCCGAGCUGCAGAAGAGACACACGUGCACAGACCUAGGUGAACUGCGCAGCUACCUUGGCUUGCAGAUCACCCGGGACAGAGCACAGCGCACCAUUACCCCGACUCAGUCACACAUGGUGCAGCAGGUCGUUCAGCGCUUCGGCUUCACGUACUCCUCGCCUCUGACCACUCCUCUGCCUACCCGUCACUCGCUCUCAGCUCUGCCUUCGGAUGAGUCCGUAGAGUCGAGUGGCCCGUACCCAAAGCUUGUUGGCUGCCUCAUGUACCUGAUGACCUGCACUCGACCUGACCUUGCAUACCCUCUUAGCAUACUCGCACGCUAUGUUGCUCCUGGGAGACACAGACCGGAGCACAUGGCUGCAGCGAAGAGGGUGUUGCGCUACUUGUGCAGUACGUCGGGCAUGGGGCUUGUGCUUGGAGGGCGGAGUCCAGUGGUCCUCACUGGGCACGCGGACGCUUCUUGGGCGGACGACCAGGCUACGCAGUGUUGUGAGGCUGAGAUCUACGCCGGGGCCAUGGCUGCACAGGAGCUUCGGUGGCUCACCUACCUGCUGACUGACCUUGUAGAGGUGCCUCGUUCUCCUCCAGUGCUGUACAUAGACAACAAGGCCAUGCUGGCCUUGUGUGGAGAGCAGAGACUGGAGCACAGAACGAAGCACAUUGCUCUUCGCUACUUCCUUGCUCGUCAGCUGCAGCAGCGUGGUCAGCUGCGUCUUGCUUACAUGGCCUCUGAGGCCAACACUGCUGAUAUCUUCACCAAGGCACUUGCGCCUUGUGAUCAUCAGCGCUUCUGUACUCAGCUUGGUCUUGUGCCUGUCUUGCCUCACUUGCUCACCUCUUGA